CAGAGAAAUUGGCCACUGGCUGCUAAUUCAGAGACGUCAAAACCCUAAAACCCAGAGAAAUUCUUUCGUGCUAUAUAUUGAAAUCGUCGACGAUGUAGAGCAAGCUUUGAGUCUUUGACCAUGGACCCUGAUAUAUUGCGGUGGUGUAUUGAAUUCAUCGCUAGGCAAGAAACGGUUUCUGAUAACCUGCUCACCAAAAUUCUCUCUGGUCUCCCGGUUGUGACGGAGCGUUCGAGUCUUCAGAAGGAGCUUGUAAUCCGGGCAAUUACUGGCUGUAUCUCGGAAGGUCUGAUAACAGAAUCGAUUCUCAACUCGCUCGAGAAAAUGGAGGAACUGGACCGGGGCGAUGGCAUCAUGGUUGCGGCUUCUCUCAAGCGCGCUUAUUGCGCGGCAGCCGUGGAUUGCACAACAGUCUACUUGGAGGCAUCAUCAUUCAAGCAGGGCAAGUACUUGGAGGCUGUGGAUAGGAUCUGGAGGGGUAGAUUCAGGGGGUUGGAGUCAAGGCAGAGUGAAUUGGUCACGGAUGAGCUGAAAGGGUGUAGGGACGAGAUCGAGGCUGCACUGUGGGACGCACAUGCCCGCGUGAGAUUAUUGGCGAGGCAAACUAAUGCUUUGCAUUUGAUUGAUGUUUACUUGAAUGAGGUUUUGACAAUUGUGGGUCCUCCAUUUCUUGAAGUGGUUGCCCAAACACAGACCAAGCAGCCAAGAUUGGUGUCCAGCGUCGAAGUUAGAGCUCAAAAUUUGGGUAAUUUGGAUUCUGGUGGAGUUGAUGUCGUAGGUGUAGAAGAGCUGAGUUCUCGUGCUAAUGAAGGAAUUGAAGCUAAAGGCGAAGAACAAAAGAAGCCACAUGAUGCAAAGAAUAAUCAAAUGGAAGCGUCAGGGACUGGCAGUGGUGGAAGUACAUAUCGAGGUCAAAGUGAAACUGAUGUAAUGGUACUAGAAAGAGAGGAAGCAGAGAAUGCGGGUGAUGUGGGUUGGCUGGGUGAUGAAAAUUUGAAGGAAUAUCAGCAUAACCAUGGACAGAGCUCAUCGAGUAUAUGCGUUGAAUUGCGAGCUGCUAAGAGGAAAGAAUUUCAUGGAAAAAUGGAAUUGCCUAAAUGCCAGCAUCCUACAUCUCGAAGACAAGCCAGGAGACCUGCGGUUAUUAAUGACAUUGACGAUGAGGAGUUGCCCAUAGAACUGCCUCCUCGAAGCAAAUAUGAUAUUCUGCCGUCCCCUGAGUUUAAUAAAGUGAUAGAAUCUCUCAGAGCUAGUUCUUUGGAAUUGCAAAGGGUGGUAAGGGACCCUCUCCCAGAUGCAUUGCGAAUUGCUGAGGCAGUGCAAUCCAAAAUAGCCAGAAAUCAAGUGCAUCAUGACUUGGACACUGCAAAUACCCCCAACAGUGGUGAAACUGUUCAAAAUGUAGGGUCUCACAUCUUAAAAAGGAGUGUACAUACCCACAGUAGUGAUCAAGCUGUACACAAUAAUGUUCCUAGACCUAGCUUGAUGGAAAGGAAUGUCACUGCCCAUACCUAUGAGUGGGAUGAUUCAGUGGAUGGAUCGCCUCAGAGAAUUCGCCUGGAUGACCCAACAAGAGCGGCUACAUCUCCUCUAAACAAACUAAGUAGGAAACGCAAAGGAAACUGGACUGGAGCAGAAGAAGAAGCUUUAUUGCAGGGUGUUAGAGAGUAUGGUGUGGGAAAUUGGAAACUCAUUUGGAAUGCCAAGCAAGAUGUGCUUGCACUACGGUCCACAGUUGAUCUUAAGGAUAAGUGGCGAAACAUGCAAAAGUAUCACCGUGGUUCCGUCUAAUUGGGGUAUGGAUAAGAUCAUGUUCAUAAUUUGGAUUUUGGACACCUUUUGUGCAUUACUUUCUUGCAACUAAUGUGCACCUUUUGUGAUGUAUGUCGUCUAUUUUGUAGUAGGAAACUUAGAGAUAUUACUCGUUUGUAAGCAAUGAGUAUCUUCUGACUGAAAAUAUUAGCAGAGCCUCCAGUGGACCUUCUUUCUUUUGUUGGUUAGCUAGCUGAUGUCUAGAGACCAGAGCUUAUAAGAUUGUAAUCAUGCAGAGAUGUAUUUGUUGGACAAUAUGAAGGAAGAGGGAAGUCCGAGUAACUGUUUUUGUCCUACAUAAGUAAAAUUUUAUUGGGUUUAUUAGUUGCUACAUAAACAUAAUGGAAUCUUUGCUAUAA